AUGGAUUCUUCACUACACCCACUCUCGGGCUUUUACAAGCCUCAUCAAUUAAAAGGUCUUUAUUAUGGCCCUGAGGUGGUGAAGAACCAUAUUCUCUCGGUACUGCCGACGGGGAACUCGAAAGCAUUCAUCAUCACUGGUAGUUCUCUUGCCACCAAGACACCUCUGAUCAAGGACCUGGAAACCUUGCUAUCUUCGAAGCAUCAUGCUGGAACCUUCAGUAAUAUCAGGGAGCACGCGCCUAUUGCUCAACUAGAUGAAGCCACGGAACAAGUCAAAGCAGAUAACACCAUCGAUACCAUCAUCUCCGUUGGCGGUGGGUCACCCAUCGACAGUGCCAAAGCCAUUGCAUAUCGAGUGAACGAGGUAUCCAAGAAGUGGCUCUUACACAUCACCAUCCCCACUACUCUUUCCGCGGCCGAAGGUACAGCAAUUGCAGGAUACACCCAGUCAGAUGGCGUGAAGACAGGUAUCUCGCACCCCAACGUCUAUCCCGCGUAUAUCUUCUACGAUCCAAAAUUCGGCCUGCACACACCACCAAGCCUGUUCCUCUCGACCGGCCUGAGAGCACUAGACCACGCGGUGGAAACUCAAUAUCAUCCCAGCACGACCUGGAUCCCGACUCGACUCGUGGCGCUCAGUGCUCUGCAUGAGCUCUUCACUCUGUUACCAAAGUACAAAGCCGACCCGAAAAACGAGGACGUCAUAACAGGUCUGUUCCUUGCUGCAUACGCAAGUCUGGGAUUGAUCGGUCAGAACAUCAAGGGUGGAUUGGGCCUGUCGCACUCCCUCGGAUACGCAUUGGGCUCGCCAUACGGCAUUCCUCACGGCAUCACCUCUUGCCUAACAUUAGGUCACGUCGUCAAAUUGAAGGCGCGACAAUCACCGGCGAACGCAGAGGAAAUCGCAAAAAUCCUACCCUAUAUCUCGGAGAAGGAGACAGGUGAUAACGUCAAAGAUAGUGAUCUUGUUGGCGAUAGGAUUUUGGGCUUGGUCAAGGACUUGGGCUUGAAGACAACGCUGACGGAAAGGGGGGUCGGCAAAGAUCAAUUGGACAUCAUUUGUGCAAGAGCUACUGGCGGUUUAAUGCCAGAUAAGGAGAAGAGUAAGCAGGAUGAGGAGCUCUUGAAUUCGGUCAGGAAACUGGUCGAAGGGCUUUGGUAG